AUGGCAAAGGAUAUUGAGCCUGAAAACUAUAUUAAAAAUCCUGUCGAAGGUUUUGGUAAAAAAAUAUUCGAAAAAUUGGGGUGGUACGAGGGAAGAGGUGUGGGGAAAAAUUCGCAAGGAGAAAUUCCUAUUCAUUUUAAUGCUGUACCUAGAAGUGAAAGUAAUUAAAUAUGGCGUCUCAGACCAAGCCUGGUCGGAAGGCUGGAGAGGGAGAAUCGAGUACAUAUUUAUUAUAUCAGUAAGUUUUUUUUUUUCUGCCUAGAAAAGGACAGAAAAUAUUAGAUAAUCAAUUUUUGUAACUCAAAGUGAAAGAAAAGGGCUGGGCGCAACUGAUGAAAUGGAGUCAGAACAAAAAAGAAAGUUUGAAAUUGGGACAAAGGUAAAAAUCAUUGAAGGAAAGCAUAAAGGGAUUAGAGGAGUGGUAGCAGAUAUAGUGGAUAUGUUUGUAUUUAUUGAAUUGCCAAGAACUGUUAAUCAAAUCAGAGUAAAAACGAGUAAGGUGGUAAAAUAUGAAGAAAAUGAGAACAGUGAAGCAAAUGAUAGGUCUACAAGACAGAAAAAGCUCAGAUGGGUAAUGCCAGGAUUAAGAGUUAGAGUUAGAAGCCAAAAAGUAUGUGAUGGAAGUUUAUAUAACUCAAAAGUUAUCAUAAAUGAUGUGCUUGAUAAAUAUAGCUUCACAGCAUUACUGAGAAAUCAAAGAAUUAUUACAAAUUUGACAGAAAAAGACAUAGAAACUGUUAUUCCUAGCUUAAAUGAACCAAUCAUGAUAUUAAAAGGUACAAAUAGAGGGGAAGUAGCAAAUUUAAUUGAAAGAGAUCGUAAAAGGAACAAAGUUAAGGUUCAACUAAUCAAUGAAAGCCCUGAAUUAAUAGAAUACACGCAGGAUGAUGUAUGUGAGUUCGUCAAAUUAACAUAA